CGAAAGUUCACUUCUACUCCUCCCAGGACGUGCCCAUACUCAGCCAAGCAGCUUGCCAUGGCGAAACAGAUCAAUCGAGGUGACGAAUUGUUGGCUUUUACAAGCUAUGCAUUGAAACACAGUGUCGAUCUCCAUAAUACGGUCGAUAGAUACCUGAACCCACCAAAAGCUGUACGCGAACUGAAAGAGGAACUUGCAGAACUUAAUGAAGUUCUUGAAAUAUUUAUCGACACGAUCAGCACCAACGAUACUGCGGAAUUCACUGCCCCUACUAUUAUCCUCCAGCGAUGUGGAAACGCGUGCCGGGAUUUCGAAGAGUCAAUCAUAGAAUAUUCUAAAGAAAUCUGUGACCGGGAAAUGAGCUUCCGAGACUGGGCAAAACUAAGAUAUAUCGGCGAAGAUAUUUCUGGGUUUCGUCGCAUGGUAGCUGGUUACAAAUCAACUAUCAAGAUCACUCUCGCCGAUGUGAAUCUGUAAGUCGCCUGCGCAAGUUAGACAUGUAUUAUCAUGCUAAUGCAAUCGUUUAGUCGAACGUCUUCUGUCUUAGCGAAUGUCAUAGAUGAUUAUAGAGAAUUGAUCGAGAACGCCACCAGUAGCCUUGAGGCACAAUUAGAGCGCAUCAAUAAAAAACUUGAGGCAAUUGUCGCUGUCGAUACGGAAAGCUUAUGCACCGACGUUGAAGAAAGAAAGUCGUUGAAAAAGGGACUACUUAGCUCCAAAGCAUGCCUCAAGCUAAUUUCAAGUUUAUCAUGGCUGAUUGAGCAGAGGAAACGGAAAGCAAGACAUCAUGAUAGCCGCGUUAACUCAUCAGCCUCAAUACUCGGGAUGAUGACCGACAAAACGUUGCAAGAAAUCAUUCGGUACUCUGGCCAAGGUCGGCUGCGGGAGGCAGAGGCUUUGUCCCGAAAUCUGCACUUGGAACAACUCAACCAAUUUACCAACAAGGAAUUAUACAGCGACUCAGCGAAUGAUGAUGGAAGUUCCAGCAGCGAUUGGCUUGUGGAAGAAUCAAAACUUGAUACCAUAAUAUCUAUAGAAAAAACCACCGGCACAGGCAACGCUUCAACCCCUACUGAUCCAAUUCACGAAGUUGGUGACUGCCUGAGUGAUAUAUCGCAACCUCCAUCUGUCUUUUCCUUGGCGACAAUGCCAUCGACCAUUUUCACCACUGACACUCGGCUUACUGCAGACGAGAUACGCACAGCCAUUGACGAGCUUGUCUGUAUAUUUUUGGAAGAUGCAGAAAUUGCUUACUUGUUCAAAGAAGCAAUAUUGAAACAACACAUAGCUUGGGAUCAUCUAGACCGGAACUUCCGAAGGCUCAUGGAACGUUUUGCCACAAACUUGAAGGACGAGGCACAAGAAGCAAUUGAUCUUGAUCUUGCGAGCCUCAUUCUAUCAAGGGUAAGUCUAGUCGCCGAGAAAAUUGGCAGUAGAUUUAGGCAGGAGUCGUCUGCGAUCGACACUUUUCCUCAAGGCUCACCACAAAUGCGCGGAACCGUCGAACCAGCAUUUGGCCUUGUACCAGAUAUUCACGAUGUCAGCGGUGACGAAGAGGACGAUCAGGAGAAGCUUGGAAUCGAUAAUCGAUUUGCUAGGCUGGUGUCUCAUGGCCGCAGCUUUAUCGAAGAGAGUGCUGCUUUCCAGAAGCUGCGAGUGGAAUUCAAGAACUUCGUCAUGCCUACUGCCAAGCCUAUCCUCCUCGAUUUCAGUUUCAAUUCAAAGGAAUGGAUGAUAAGGUGCUUCUGGAGUCUAGAAAGCCUUUUAUCCAGCAUCGGGCCUCGAGAGGAAAGUGAUUCACCAUAUCCAAUUUCUACCCGACCUUCUGCUGUGUCACUACCUCGAGAGAUCGUGCUCUUUUCUGAGCCUAUAGAUCUAAAUACGGAUAUUCAUAACCCAGAGCGACCUACCUCGUGGCAAAUUUCUCGAUCCAUCGGAUGCCUGGGUUUGAGCUUCAACAUCAACCACUUGCUAUGGGCGGUAAGAAUAUCAUGGGAUCCUCAAAAGCUUUUCUCCAGCUUCGGCUUGCAAAAUUUAAAUCCCCUGCCACAAUAUCAGAUAGUGUUGCUCUGCCAACCAUGUCGUCAAAGUGAGCCUCAUUUUGGAAAUUCGACUUUUUCCACGUGGGAGUGCGCGGGAGUGGAAAGCAUCGUCGAUAAAAGAAAAGUCAGGGGAAGAGUAUCCUGGGAUCCAGCAGAACUUCUACGCAGUCUCUACUUGCGAGAGAGGAAAGUACCAAAGCAUCAUAAGCGGUUUCGGUGGACGAAUCGAUACGGUAAAAGGUUAUACGAUGACUACAUUGAACGUGAACCAGGUGCACUCCAAGCUCUCCAGAACUAUUUGGAUGUGACCACCGUUCCCAAGAAAACAAAGACACCUGGUGAACAUGGCCAGAACUCCUCCCGUGCGGCCUCUCUCUACACACCAAAUACUCAAUCCACACAAACUACAUCUCCAUUAACAACUGUUGAUAUCGCCGAUCAGUCUGUCACCAACCCCCGCAAUUCUGAAACCAGCAACGUAUUCCAUGACAUUGAACACUCAAAAACCAAACCUACUCGCCCACUACUCCUCCUUGCCUGCAUAAAACGCCAUGGUCGACCUGUAAAACUCCACCAAGAGUUUGUCACGCACAUCGCCGAUGACCGCCAACUCUUCCACGCAUUACGCAAAAUAUAUUAUAACCACCGACAGAGGCUUGAAUCAUUCUGGUCCUUGAGGACAUUGCACAGUAUCCAUUUUAUGAGAUUCAUCUACGCCGGCAACUCAUAUAUCGACGUCCGCUGCCAUGGCGAAAUUUGCACUCCCAAUAACCCCUGCGCCUGUAUCCCGCCCCCCAACCUUGUCCCACCCCUCGGCACAUCUUAUCAUUGUCAUCCUAUUCCUCCAAGGCAAUCUCCACCAGUAGGGCCAGAAUUAAUGAUGGACUUUUUUAAUGAUCCGAACAGUCGAGCCCCGGGUAGUGACCUAGUCAUACAGCAAUUACCAAAGAAAAUGGACUCUGAGCUAACAUCUGAUGGAAUUGAAGUGAUGACAGCGUGGGGAAUACUCUAUCGUGUGAGUUUAGAUUGGAAGCGUAUUUGGAUAGCUCUUGGGUUAGCAUUUUUCCUACCGAGCCUUUUUUAUGGGAUCUUGUGGGGAAUUCUGAGGAAAGAUAUACAAGGAGCUUUUGGAGUGGCAGCCUGGUGGAUGACAGGAGCGACAGUUGUGGUAGGGAUGAUGGGAACUCUUUUAUAGACAGAGAUUAGCGGGGUUUCACUUCAGGUCCUGUUCGGGAGGUCUAUGCGGAAGCAUCGCAGGGAUUUCGAAGCCGCGCGCCACGAGGGCCGCAGAACAGAGCAUUGGCCAACACAGGCCUUGACGAGGCUCCAAAUUUGUCAGGAAAGUAAUAGUUCUUAAUUUAAU